UGGGUAAGGGACAGGGAUACAGCUAAAGAUCCUAUAGUCUCCCUCCCCAGGACCAAAACAAGAAAAAAUUAUCUGGCCAAGUAUCAAUACUGCUAUAUGCAACUCACAAAUGAAAAGCAUGCAGACGAGAAACCCAUUAAUGCUAUCGUUAUAAAUUCAGUAUCUGAAUUCAAUAUCACAGAUGGACCAGCCAAGGAAACCCCCAAUGAGAAAAAACUGUCAGAAUCCAGCACAUCACUGCCCUCCCUUGAAGAAUGCCAAACGAAAUUUUCCUACCUCCAAACUGAUACUUCAGUUCAUCAGAGAGACACUGAUGGGGAAUGCGCCUCCUUAAUCCUCACCUGUCUGUUCUGCCAGUUUUGGGACUGUCUCCUGAUGCUCCCUGACACGUGUGAAACCAUGUGUGUCAGCCUGUGCUGCCCCUAUCACAGGUACCACCACACGUCAGACGAGAGCCGCUCCUGCAGCGACUGCGGCUGCCACUGUGACGCAGACUGCAGCCUGUGUGAACCGUGCCACGAGACCAGCGAGUGCCUGGAGCUGGCCAUGGAGAUCUCAGAAAUCUGCUACCACUGACGUGAUGAAGGCACCACGCACCGGCAGUCCUUUUGGCCACGGUGGGAAAUUCCACCACCACAAGGCCGAGAUUUCCAUGUGCCAAAAUGCAAGGAUGGUACACACUUCUGGGAUGCUCUGGGCCAUUUCAUUCUGCACCGGUCUGGGAAGGUUAGCAUCGUCAACUCAGUGAUGUCCCUCCAAAUUUCACAACCGCAUGGCUCACUAAAAAAUAAGAUUCUUGAUCAUCCAUGAUGAACAAAUCUUAAGUACCCCUUAAAUGCCACAGGUACAAGAUGUCUCCUGACUAUAAAACAGCAUGUUAAAACGCUUGGUACCCUUGAAUUCCUCAGCUUGCAUCAGGGACUCAACCUUGUUCACAAAUUCAGGCCAAACGACUGCUUUGUUUUAGAAUUGACACACAUUAGCUCAUCUUUCUAAUGGACUCAUGCAUAAACAUUACGCAUUGUUGGUUAUUAUUAAUAAUGUAUUGUGUAACAUCGUUUUGUAAUUAAAAUUUUAUUUCAACAGUCUCUUAAAAUUCACUUAUAUGUACAGUUUGGGUAGGAAAGGGAAUUAAAUGAAUUAGAAACCAUGU